AUGGCGAGGGACAAAACAAAUAAAGAGAUGCUAGACACUCAUAUUUUUGAGUUGUGCAUGGAGGAUGUUUGGUCAUGCAUGGAUAUUAAAAAGAAGAACGAUUAUGCCUACCUUAAUCCGUUGUGGUUUAACAUGUACACCGACUGGGAUGAUAAAUCAAGAAUCCUUAAAUGGAUAAAAGCUAAGAAUAUAUUCACAAGACGAUAUGUAUUUGUACCUAUUGUUAUUUGGGGACACUGGAGCCUUCUUGUGUUGUGCAAUUUUGGCAAGACCAAGUACUUGGGUACUAAGAAGGGGCCACGCAUGCUGCUACUGGAUUCACUUAAAAAGUUGAAAGCGGAGAGGUUACAACCAAUCAUCAACAGAUUCAUUGUUGAUAUUUUAAAAUUCGAAGAGCGGGAAGAGUUAGAGCAGUUCAUAAAUGAAGUCGAACUUGAGUUUCCUAAGGUGCCACAACAAAGUGGAGUAGAUUGUGGUAUGUAUGUUCUUUACUUCGUGUACUGUUUUCUCACGAUAAAAAAACUGAGAGAAGAUUUGAGCCAUCUGGAUGCCUUGUUCGAUCCGGAGGAACUGAAGAGCCUAGAGGACAUACACAUAGAUAUUCUUUCAUACAAAGAGAAAAUGGAUGCAAAAGCUGCAGAGUAG